AUGGACGGAUCACAUAAGGAGAACGGCGUUAGGAAGCGGUCAACAAAUGCGUGCCAGCGGUGCCGCAAACAGAAAAUCAAGUGCUCCGGGUUUCAGCCCUGCAAUAUAUGCCAUAAGCGCAAAUUGACGUGUGUUUUCGAUGACCGAGAUCAGAAAGUACUCGUUACUCGAGGAUUUAUUGGAGACCUCCAACGAAGGAUUGCUUUAUUGGAACGGGGCGAUAAUGAGCUAGCAAGUUCAAGUAGUUGGGUUGAGCAAGAUAGAGCUAGACCGGAAGAUGGAACUUCAUCCAACUGGUCAUUUGCUCGGAAAAUAUUGGGCAUGACCCAUGAGAACCUCUAUCACUCUCCCCUUCCAACGGAUAGCCUUCUAUUUGAGGGCUCAACAUACAACCUGGGCUGGAACGGGUUGAGAACAACAGUUUAUGCAGAAGCGCUUGUAGUUCCAACCCUCGACUACUCAAUCUACUUGAUCAACGCUGUCAAGUUUCACGCAGGACAGCUAUACCACCUUUUUGAUGAAGGGACGUUCAUGGGAGGAUUAUAUGCCUUUUAUGAAGAUCCUCAGCAGCAGAUGACCACAGGUGGACUGUGGUACAUUCACUAUCUGGUAAUUAUUGCCCUUGGGAAAGCACUUGUUGUUCAGCGAAAUCGAGAUACCCGCCCUCGGGAUAUUGGCCAAGCGAUGAUGAUUGCCCUCGCCCAAGGGAUGCACACCGACAUGCCGGUGCAACACCUUGGAGAAGCUCUUGUCCAGAGAUGCCGCAAGAUAUGGUGGACGAUCUAUGUCCUAGACCGACAAAUGACCUCUCUGAUGGGGUUACCACAGUCGAUCCAAGACAACCAGAUCCACCCUCAGCUUCCUUCCUUCCCUGGGUCACCUCAAAAGGUGGUAGCGCUAAGUAUGCAAAUCCGCAUGUGCCAGAUUAUAGCAGAGAUAAAUAGCACUGUAUACGGAGCGGACGGCCGACUCAACCGAAAAUUCCUGCUGAGAACCAAAGCGGCGCUGGCUAGUACUACCGACCUGACUGGUGAUCUCCAGACGUCGUUUGAUUUGCAGCUGGACAAAUCGACUAUAAGCGGAGUCUCCAGGAUGUCGGCCCAUCUGCAUCUCCUCUACCACCAGUGCAUCGUCCUUGCAACACGCCCGUUACUUCUGCGCUUUUUGAAAAUGCGCUUUCAGUCUGCUGAUGCAUGUCUAGAGACGUUGAACUCGUCGGCCAACGUGCUCCGACUGCUGCAACCUUGCUGGACUAAACAUGCUGAGCUGAACCCCGCAGACAGCUUUCUUCCCUUCGACUUGGAGUCCACUUUUGUCUCCAGUGUAGUUCUUUUAAUGGCACAGGCAAUUGACCAUAAUCUUCUAGAAAGUCGGAGGCCGUGGCUAGACAAGAGCUAUUUGAUACUGGACGACAUGAUUUCCCGGGGCAAUCUCAUUGCGCAGUACCGAAAGACCGAGCUCGAGCGGUUAAGUGCCCUCAUGUAUCAAUUCGCAACGGAUCGCCAACCUGAUGAUAUGAGUAAAGAGAAGGGGCUCGAGAUGUCAUCACCAUUGCCACCUGCCUAUCGAAUCCCAGAGCUACCGGGUUUGAAUGACGGCCUGACAACGGCCGAGAUAAUGGCAGUGGCAGAAUCCAUCGACACAGGGGACGUGGAUUGGGUUGCGCAUGCAGUUACUGAGAAUCAGAUCUGGUGA